AUUCAAAAAUAUAAAGGUUCCAACUGAGUUCCUUUUAUUAAAAACUAGUCAUUGCUCCGGGAAAUGUGGUCAGAGUGUGCGUACGCCCCACUCCCCACCCCCCGUUCCUCGCGCUCCAAUUACGAAGCGAAUCAACAAACUCGAGAAUUGUUACCGGUUGUUACUUUGGUCAUGCAUGAGUACCCAUACAACCCAACAGAAUCUACAGUCGAAACAGAAAAUCAAACGGACAACUUGCGGUACUGAAGAUGGGGUUUCGAUGAAUAUAUAUUGAUCAGUUAUACCGGACCGGCUGUAAGCAAAUGUUUGAGCGGUAUCCAAAGUAACCGGUCUUUCCCCAUUUGGGAUAAGGGGGAAGGAAAAGAAGGGAAAGAUUACUGAACCUGAAGAAGUGAAGAAUUGCGUACCCUGAAGUAGUAUUAUCUUUUUUAUCAUCAUCAUGGAAAAAGAUCUUUUGAUGAGAGAAGAGGAGUUUCAUAAAAUUAAUUCAGAGCUUGAGGAGCGCACAAGUCGUAUUUUGAAGGAAAUAGAUGCAGCAAAAGGGAAAGCAGGACUCAGCAAUGAUGCAAAUCAAGGAAAUAACUUGAAAUUCAACCAUACGAAAGCAUUUUCACUUAAAAGUGAAAGCACAGUACUGAAGUCUUCAAUGAAAGAGGAACGAGGGAUAAUAACAUCAAAUAAAAAAGAAAUUGUUGAGGAUCCUUUAGCAAUUCGCAGCAAUGGAUUGGGAUAUGAGGCCACAAACAGGCUUCUGCGAGCAAAACUCACUAUCUUGAACAAAGAAGUGGACACACUUCGACAGGACUACAAAAACAAGUCUGAAGAAUCCAGAAAGUUAUCUGCUGACCUUACUCGCUGUGAAGAAGAGGGAGCUCGUCUUGAAUCUUCCCUAUCAGUAGCAAGAGAUACUUCAGCAAGUCUCCAGAGCAAACUUGAAUCUGUUUCACAACAAUUGAGUCAAUCUCAAGCUGAAAAUAUGUCUUUAAAUAAGGUAAUAGAAAGCAAAAACAGUUUAAAGCUGGUACAUAUCUUUGUCAUGUAUCUUGCAAGAGUUAUGUUCAAACUUGGGAUGUCACAGGAAUUAGUGUCAUUAAAGAAAGAACUGAAGAGUCAAAAGCAACAAUCAUCAGCUAUUGAAUUAAGGUUAAAUAGAGCACUGGAGGAUAUUGAAAAGUUGCGUAACACAGCAAAGCAGGCUCAGCUACAAGUUAAGGAAGAAAGAGAAAGUCAAAGAAAGGCAGGGGACCAACUUCAAUCCAAAAUCAAGAGUUUAGAGCGUCAACGCACUGAACUCACAAGUGUGUGCACAAAGCAAUCACAUUUAAUCGACAACCUCCGCCGACAAAAGGUUCAUUUAGAGGUUACACGAUUUGUGAGUACAGCAGAAACAGAAUUUGACAACAUUCUUGACUGGUGUUUAAAGACUGAAAGCAGUGCAGUAAAAGCAAAGCCAUAGGUUGUGGUGACGAAACCAUGCUAAAAGGCAUAUCUAAUAUCAUACAAUAAAUUUAUUCAUUUCACAUCA